AUGAGAGCUACAGAACUACCACUGGAUGUGCAGAGGAAGACCAGGGCCUUCUACGGGAUCACUGCUUCCACAGAGUCCACUUCUCUCACUUCAGGAGGACUGCAGCCACCAUUUAAUCACACUGCUACCACCACCCUGACCGACAGGCUGCCAGGGAAUGCUGCACCGUGCGCACCGUACUCAGAGACAGAGCAGAGAGGAAAAGGAACCAAAGGAACUUCCCUGUCCCUGGGAUCAGGAGGAUCCAGGAAGCUCUCAGCCUCUGGGGUGGCUGCUGGAACAGGGGAUGGAAAACCCAGGCAGGUGAACUGGAAAGAGGAACAUCUUCCACAGGAACUCAUCCACAGCCAGUUCUGUGUCAUAGACAGAACUCUGGAUGGCACAGGAAUGAUAACAGGACUGAUUCUCUUGAAGGGACCCCAGGAGGGGAGCAGCGUGUACCUGACCAGCAUUGGAGGGGCCCUGCCUCUGGCCAGGGGGAGGACAGGGGCACUGGGAUCUUUGUGUGGAUCCUUGGCCUGGACCUCUGACCACAGAGAUCUGGGCUCAGCUCUGGUGGACACUGAGGCCAUGCAGCUAGGUGGGAGUGGAGCCCCUUUGUGUUCCUGGGGGCAGGAGGAGCCCAGCAGCUGCAGGGGUUUAACUGGGACCAGGGGCAGGAACGCCCCACCGUGCCUGGCCCAGAGGCCCCGAGCACCCUGGGCCCAGGCUGUGCCAGAAAUGGGCAUUCCAAAUUCCCCAGGGACACCGCUGGGCUCGUGGGGGAGCUGCUGGUGGGACAGAGGGCAGCAGACCCCUGCACACCCUGCCUGCCCUCUCAGCUGGGCCCUGUGCUGGGGCUGCUGGGAGCUGAGAACAGCAGGGACACAGGUACACAAUUCUUCUCAGAACAGGAAUGUGCUGAACAACACCUCAACAACGACAAAGUGCUGCGCUUUUUUUUUUGGUUUUUUUUUAAUGAAAACAAAAUAAAAACCUAAACAAGA